CUUGUGGAGUCUGAGGACACAGAGAAAGAAAGUGGAAGGGAAAAGAUAGCCUUGCAUUUAGAGGUGAUUACUAGAAAAACUGAAACUGUAGAGUCAAUUGAAUUCUCACCAAGUGAAAGAAAACCAGAGAUUCCAAAGGUUUCUCCUGAUCUUGCAAUCAAGGACCAGAUUCCAACUCAAACAGAACAUGACAAUGAUAUUCUGUCAGUCUCAUCUACAGAGCAAGUUACUGCUGUAGUUUUGGAAGACGUAUCUCCCAUACAAACUGGAGGAAAGUCAGAUGAUGUUGAACUUUCCAUUGCUUCUGAUUCAGUCCCACCUAUUGAUAGACAUCCAGAUAGAGAAAAUAUGGAUCAGAACCUUUCCCUGGAAAAACCUGAACUUCCUACAUCAAAGAAGACGUCAGAGAGUCUAUUGGAGUACAACGAAAUGGAGAAAGAAAUUGAAAAGGGAAAAGCACAUUUAAGUUUGCAGACAGUCACUGUAACAACUGACAGUAUUUCUAUAGAAUCAACUAAGUUUUCACCAUGUGAAAGAAAGUCAGACAGUCCAAAAGUUUCUCUUCAGUCUGAUAACAAGGCACCAGAAUGCACAGCACCUCAAUCUGAUGCAAGAGAUUCAGACACAGCGCCACAAAUGCAGCCAUGUCUUUCUUCUAGUUUUACAGAUACAACAAAUAUUGCAGAUUGUAUUAACAAAUUAUGGAGUAACACAGAAGAGGUUCCGAAGAGGUAUUUAGUUCUUGAGCUGCCUGACCGAACAGUCCCACAAUUGUUUGAGACAAACCAAUAUCAGCCAGACACAAGAAUUUCUGAUAAGGAAUCUACUACUUUUGCCAUUGUUUCAAUGGAGCAGCCUCAUGAGACAGAGACAGAUGUAACAGAAACUAUGAGUCAGCAAACAGUCUCAGAUAACUUACAAAUACAACCUGAAGUCAACAUCCAACAUGACGAUGGGCAAAAUAUUUUAGGCAUCAAGGUUCAAAAGUCUCUUGAAGAUGAAGCAUUCAAAGCUGAAGAAAUGAGUAUAAAGACAAGAAUACACACAUCUGAAAAUAUUACUGUCUCAGUGCAAAAUGACCCCCAGAUGCACAUGGAGCACUUGACUGUACAGUGUGAGACCACACCACAAAGCAACGUUGAGACAACUAGUGUAGAACUGCAAGUAAGCAGUGCUGAAGGGAAUGAUAUUAAGGCUGACCAAGGCUCUAGUCAGCCUAUUGCAACUGUUUUCACCUCAGAAAAACAUGUGCCCAUGAGCCCAGAUGACAAGUCUGUUACAGGGGAUAAAAUCCAAGUGGAGACUAAAGUGCUUAGUUUGGACUAUGAAAUACCAACCAGCCAUAAAACCGCAGUUGUGGUUCACCCAGAGGAAGCUACAGUCAGAGUACAGAUGCAACAAAUCAGCAUUGAAAUGCAAGAUAAUGUGGAGAUGUCUGCCUCUUCUCGACCUGCACUUCUGCAGGCAAGUGAACAAGAGAGAGUAUCUGCAGAAAUAAGCUUAUCUGAGCAAGACACUAUAAAAUCAGAAAUGGUGAUUGAGCUAGAGCUCUUGAAAACCACACAGGAUAGCAAAGGGGAGCUGAAGGACUACAACUUAAAAGAGGAGGUCUCUAGAAAAGAUGUACUUGAUUUACCCAAAAGCUUGGAUGAAAAGGAAAUAUUGGGGGACUCUCAAGUGCGAGUUUUACAGCUUGAUAUACCUACGAGUCAUGAAGAACAGGAAAAGACAUUUGUCAUGACAGCAGCAGUACCAAUGGCAGAUACAGCUCAAUCAAGUAUGCAGUGGGAACAAAAAGAGACUGCAAUUCAGGUUAACCCUGAGGAGGCUACACUCAUAGUCAAGAUGCAACGAAUCAGCACAGAAACGCCAAAGGAUGUGGCUCAGAGUGACUCUACUCAAACUGUUCUGCUGCAGCCAGUUGAAACAGAGACAAUAUCUGCAGAAAUAAGCUUAUUUAAGGAAGACACUGUAAAACCACAAACGGCAAUUGAGUUAGAGAUCCUGGGAACCACACAGAAACCAGAGGAGCUGAAGGAUUACGACUUAAAAGAGGUCUCCAAAACAGAUGUACCUGAUGUAUCCCACACUUUGGAUGAAAAACUGGUUACAGGAGAGAAAAACCUUGUUGAGCCUCAAGUGCGAGUUUUACAAAUAGAUAUACCAACCAGUAAUGAAGAACAGAAACAGACGUUUGUCAUGACAGCAGCCGAACCAAAGAUAGAUACAGCUCAAUCAAGUUUGCAGUGUGAAGGAGUUCAUGUACCCUCUGAGGAGGCUGAAGUUAUAGUCAAAGUGCAACCAAUCACCUUGGACGCACAAAAGUAUCUGGAUCAAAGUAAUUCCUCUCAAAAUGCACUCUUGCAAAGUGAAGCAGGGGCAAUGUCUGCAGAAAUAAACAUAUCCAAACAAGAUACUGUAAAACCAGAAAAACUGACUGAGCAGGAGCUCCUGAAAAACACACAGGACAGACCUAUGAUAACUAAGGAAACUGGGGUCCAAAAAGAGCGCUCAGAACUGUCAAUACAUAGAGGGAAUGAUAUACCCAUGAGCCUGGAUGAAAAAGCAGAAAAAGUCCAAGUGGAGCCUGAUGUUGUUUUACCAGCCAGCCAUGAGGAGCAUGAAAGAUCAUUUGUCUCGAAAGCAGAUGUGCCAAGAACAGAUAUAAGUAUCCAGUCUGAACAUUCUCAAGUAAACAAAGAUUUGACUUCAGCUGAUGUUCAACCUGAACAAGAAAUUAGCUUUACAAUAAAGGUGCAGCAAAUGAAGACUAAAAUGCCAGUGGAUCUCGUGGCUCAGUGUUUAUCUACUCAAGCUGCACUUUUUCAGCCAGGUGAAGCAAAGAAAACACAAUCUGCAGAAAUAAGCUUACCUGAACAAGACACUGCAGAACCACAAACAAUGAUUGCACUAGAGACCUUGAAAACUGCUAGAUCAGUGGAGGUGAAGGAUUACAACAUGAAACAGGAUGUCCCCACAAAAGAUGUGCUUGAUUCACUCAAAAACUUGGAUGAAAAAUCAGUUGCAAUAAAGCAAAUUCAAGUGGAGCCUCAAGUGAAAGUUUUACAGCUGGAUAUACCAAUCAGUCAAAAAGAACAGGAAAAGAUAUUUGUGAAGACAUCAGCAGAACCAAAACCAGAUACAGCUCAUUUAAGUAUCCAGCGUGAAAGGGAGCUGGGAAAUAAAGAUGAUGCUUCAGCUGAGGUUACACAGGAGACUGAAUAUAUAAUCAAAGUGCAACAAAUCACCACUGAUAGACAAGGGGAUGUGACUCAGAGCGACUCAGGUCCACCAGCUGAAGUAGAGAUAGCUUCUGCAGAAAUAAACUUAUCAAUGCAAGAAACUGUAAAACUAGAACCAGUGACUGAGCAAGAGCUCUUGAAAACCACAAAGCAUAGAUCUACUGUGACUAAGGGACUUGUGAUCCAAGGUGAGCAGCCCAAACCAAAUGAACUGGAUGACAUACCCAUGAGCCUGGAUGACAAGACGAUUACAAAAGAGAAAGUCCAGGGGGAGCCUGAGGUCCUUGUUUCACCAACCAGCCAGGAGGAGGAUAAAAGAACAUUUGUUGUGGUAACAGAUGUACCCAGAGCAGAUGUAGCUCAUUCAAGUAUCCAGUCUGAAAUCAUUGCAGUAAACAAAGAUUUGACUGCCGUUGAAGUUCAACCUGAGGAAGCUGCUAGACCAGAAGAUGUGGCGCAGAGCGAUUCCACUCAACCUUCUCUGCUGCAGACACGUGAACCAGAGACAGUCUCUGCUGAAAUUUGCUUAUCUGAAAAACAUGCUGUAAAACCAGAACUGGUGACUGAGCAAGAGCUCUUGAAGACCACAGACAGCAGAACAGACAUGUCUCAAAUAAAUAUCGAAUGUGAUUCAGAACUUGAAAAGAAAGAUGUGAGUCCAGCUGAUGCUCACCCUGGGGAGGCAACAGUUGGAAUGGAGGUGCAACAAAUCAGCACUGAAACACAAGAAGAUGUAGCUCUGGUGGACUCAACUCAACCUGCAGUGCUGCCGCCAAGAAAAAUAGCAUCUGCAGAAAUUAGCUUACCUGAGGGAGAAGCUGUACAAUCAGAAACAGUAACUGAGCAAGAACUCAUGAAAACUACACAGUUCUCCACAAAUGUUGUGCUUGAUUCACCAAAAAGUGUGGACAAACUAUCAGUCAUAGCAGAGAAAAUCCAGGCAGAACCUCAAGUGUGUAUUUUACAACUCAAUAUGUCAACCAGCGACAAGGAGCAUGAAAGAACGUUAGUCAUGACAGCAGCAGCAUCAAGAACAGAUACGGGUCAAGCGAUAUUUCACGGUGAAAUAGAAAAAGAACAGAAAGACAAAACAGCUGAGGUUCAUCCUGAGGAGGCAGCAGUUAGAAUGGAGGAGCAACAAAUCAUUACUGAAAGACAAGAGGAUGUUCAGUUUGACUCUGUUCAACCUGGACUGCUGGAAAACGAAGCAGUAAGUUCUACAAAAAUAAUUGUAUCUGAGCCACACAGUGUAAAAUCAGAAAUAGUGUCUAAGCAAGAAAUCUUGAAAACCACAGAAGAUAGACCUAUGGUGACUAAGGACCUUGUGGUCCAAGCAGAGCCCUCUGAAGCUUCAGUCACAGUGAAGGAGAAACAAAUUAGCGCUGAAAGACCAAAAAUUGCAGCUCAGAGUGACUUCACUCUAAUUGCACUGAGGCAAUCAAGUGAAGCAGAGACAACAUCUGCACAAAUACGCUUACCUGAGCAAGACAUUGUAAAACAAGAAACACUGAUUGAGUUAAAGAUCUUGGAAAUCGCACAGGUCAGACCUACAGGGAUUAAGGAACUUGGUGUCAAAGAAGGCACCUCUAAAUUGUUAAUGCAUGGCAUGGAUGAUGUACCCACGAGCCUAAGUGACAAGUCUGUUACAGUAGAGGAAGUAGUGGAAACCCAGAUUGAUUCUGAGGUGCUUGUUUUACAAGUAGAAGUACCAACCAGUCGUCAUGAGCAUAAACAGACAUCUUUCAUGAUAGGAAAAAGUGACUCCGCUCAGCCUGCUCUGCUGGAGCCAGAGGUCAGUGGAGAGCUUUUGAAAACCACAGAAGAUAGACCUAUUGUGACUAAGGACCUUGUGGUCCAAGCAGAGCCCUCUGAAGCUUCAGUCACAGUGAAGGAGAAACAAAUUAGCACUGAAAGACCAAAAAUUGCAGCUCAGAGUGACUCCACUCAAACUACACUGGAGCAAUCAAGUGAAGCAGAGACAACAUCUGCACAAAUACGCUUACCUGAGCAAGACAUUGUAAAACAAGAAACACUGAUUGAGCUAAAGAUCUUGGAAAUCGCACACCCUAAAGUAUUAACACAUGGAGUGGAAGACGUACCCACAAGCCUGGAUGUCAAAUUUGUUAAAAUGAAGAAAAUUCAGAUGGACCCUGAGGUGCUUGUAAUACCAGAAGUUCGAGAAGAGCAUGUGUCAAGAACAGAUACAUCUCGAUCAAGUAUCCAGUGUGAAAGUUCAAAAGAACACAGAGAUACGAGUGCAGCUGAGGUUCUUCCUGAAGAGGCUGGAGUUAAAACCAGAGUAGUAGAAGUCCAACAAUUUAGGACUGAAAUGAAGGAAGGUAUAGCUCAGACUGACGCAGCUCAAUCUGUACUGAUACAUGCAGGUGAAACAGAGUCAACAUGUGUAGAAAUAAGUUUAUCUGAACGAGACACUGUAAAACCAGAAACUCUUAAUAAGUUGAAGUUCUUGAAUGCCACAGAGGAGAGACCAAAGGACGUCAAUCUGCGAGAGGAGUUUGUAACUAAAGAUGUACUUGAUGCACCUAAAGGCCAGCAUGAAGUGUCUGUUACAGUGGAAAAACUCAGCAUGGGGUCUAGCGUACCCACUCUACAGCCAAAUAUACCGGCCACCAUAACCACAUCUGUUGUGAUAGCAACAAGUGCAAGGACUGACAGUGAUCAAACAACUACGAAGUCUGAAAAAAUAACACAAACCCAAGAGCUUAGGUCUCUUGAAGCAGAGAAAGAAAAGCCUGCAUCUGAGAUGAAUAAAGCAGAUGCUCCAAAAAGCUUUACCAAACUCCUGUCAGAACCAGUUGUGUAUCCUAAAGUCCAAACAGAUGCAACAAAUAGGAAAGAAGAAGAAGAGAAGCAGAAGAAGAAAAUUCAAGAAAAGGAAAAAGAAAGAAGCACCAGUGUAGAACUGCCAUUCAGCAUAAGCACAACAACCACCAUCACUACCAUGGAGGCCACUGGAACAAGGCUUAAGAAACUGCCACAGGAACAAGUAUUCAGUACUGACACAUCACUGCAGGUGGUUCAGAUAUCAUCAGGUGAUACUGUACUGGGUGAAGAACCCCAUUUGAAAGGACUGACCCCUCAAGAAAACAAAAUAGACGCAAAUGACAUGGAAACUGAGAAAACAGAACUGGAGUCACCAGGAGAACCAUCCAUUUUGACAGUGAUACAGCUACUCAAAGACAUGGGACCCAGCAGUCAACUCAUUGAGGGUAAACCACUUGAGGAUGCUCCAGAGGUUCUGAUUUCAUCUACCAGUAGCAUGGACAGUCAUCUAAGUAGGGUUAUAUCUAAACUCCUGAACUGCAAGAACCGCUCAGCUGAGCUGAGCCCAACAGCCAUGGCCCAGCAGGUGGAGGAGGCUCAGGAGUGCAGAGAGGCUGCCCUGGCUCAGGUAGCAUUGCUCUCUCAGUUGAGAGGGGCUGUUGCUGAGAAUAGGGACACUCUGGAGCAUCUGGAGGACCAGUGGAGCAGUGCUGCCCAGGAUGCAGCUAAUAUUAUUCAGAGUAAGGAGGCUCAGCUGCAGAUGGUGACUGAUUAUUGCCAGCACAUCCAAACAGCUAAGAAUGCGGUGGACAAAGCAACCGCAGAACUGGACGCUCUUCAAACAUCCCCUCAGGAGAGCAGCUCCAAGGAGGCAGAGCGACUAGGCUCCUUACAAAGAAGUAUGGAGGAGAACAGAACAGCACUUGGGGAGCUGCUUGUGACUCAUAGCAAAUUGUGCCCCCACCUUACCCGGUAUGAGCGAGCAAUUGCAGAGACUGAGCAGAAGAACCUACAAGAGAGGUGGAGAGUUCUGGAAAGAACUGUGGAGAGUAUGCUUCAUCACACACAUGUCCGUUCUCACAAGACCAGCAACCUCCUGUCAGAGUUAUCAGAUUUGCAGGAACACUUGGAAAUGAUCAUUAAAGACCUUGAAGCCAAGUUUCCAUCAGUUACUCAGUGGAACUGCAAGAAGGCUCGACAACUGAUGGAGGCAAACGCUGAGGUUAAAGCAGCCCAGCAGAAGUACCUCCAUUUACAACAGCUGUCAGAGCUGUUGCUAUUUAGCCCACAGUGGGAGAUGGAAACAAAGGAGAUCCAUCAGGGACUCCAGAGCGUUAAGGACAAAAUUUCUCAUACAGAGGAACUUUUGGCUGCCCAAACCCUGAACAGCAACAGCCCUAUCAUGGAGAAAAUUGUCAUAGUGAUGAGGGAAGGCCUGGCCUGGGCCAGGCAGACAGAGAGUGAUAUUGAGGGCAGGAAAAAGAGAGUAGCUCUUCUCCCUGAGGAAGUUCACCGGCAGCUCAGGGAUCUGAAGAAGCUGCAAUCUGAGGUGAUGGCCAAACAAGGUCAGCUGGAGUCACUGGCGGAGGAAAUGACUGAGCUCCUUCCACAGCUGGACCAGGUUGAAGAGGUGCCUAUGGUGCAGAGUCUUCUGAAAUGUCUUGAAGAACUCUCAAAGUCCACCAAUGAGAAGCUGUCCAAAGCUGUGAAAGAGGUGGAAUCAGGACUACAGACCAGAGAAAAGCUAUCUGAACAGAUUGCUGAUCUAGACUCCUGGGUUGUGGCUCAUCUGCAAAGAGAAGCAUCCCGGGGUCCAGACAGUGAGCUCAGGAGCCCUGCUGAACUUGAUCGCAGAACCCGCCAAAUCCAAGAAACCCUGGAUGAGGCUGAGAAGCAGGAAGCAGUCUGUGAGGCUCUUUUUAUUAAGAGCAAAGAUAUCACUUCUGAAUUCAGUGUCACAGAGAACUGUCAGCUUUUUGACAAGCUUACCAACCUCCAGGAGAAAAUCAGAACCAUUAGCAGCCAAGAGAAAAAUAACAAGAAGGAGCUGAAUGAACUCACCCAGACUUUAGAUUCAAGCAAGAAAAAACUUGUCACUGUUGAAAACAGUCUAAGGCAGAUGUUGGUGGAUCUAAGCAGACACAGGUUCCCCAUUACAAGAGAGUCCCUGCAAGCUUUAGAGCCUUUCAAGCACAUGAUUUUGGAACACAAGUCGCAAGUUGACCUCCUGCAACCCUGGAUUCCCAAUGAGAAGACAAAAGAACUGAACUCUGUCAUCUCUGAGCUGCACAGCAAAAUGUGUGCCCUAGAAAUGAAAGCCAGGGACCAAGAGAGGUACCUAAACAUGAGGCAAUGCGUUGAGGAUCUCAGGGAAAGCAUUCAGGAACAGGUGCACCAGACAAAAGAAGAUGGCAAUGACACAGACGAGAAGUACAGAAUCUGUCAGAACCUUCUUAUCCAGUUUCAUCUGAUGAAGGGAUUGUGUGAAGAGGCUCGCUCAAAACUACACACAAUCUCUGCUGACCUCUACCCUUCACAGCUGACUGCAGAGCAACAAAGGCUUAAACAAAAUGAGGAGAGUCUUAGCACCUUGGAGAUGACACUCUAUAACAACCUCAGCAUCAUUGAGUGGAACCUGCUGAUGGACCUGGACCUGGAAUCAGAGAGGAAAGCCACUAAGGCCUUCCUCUUAAAGACCCAGAAAGAGUUUGAGAAACUUCCCAUGUUGGAGCCAAAUGACACAGCAAUUGACAGAGAAUAUGAGAGAGUGGUGUCUCUGACAAAGACUGUGGAGUCAAGAAUGAGAGCACUGGGGGUGCUGGAGCAAAAGAAGGGAAAGAAAAAAAGAAGUGGAUCUCAAGACUUGAUGGACUUGAAGAAUGCAGUCCUCGGUCAAUGUGAAUCCCACAUGGAGAACAUCACUCAGGCCAGGGAGUCACUGAGAAGCUACACCUGUUCUGUUAAACAGGCUGUACAGUUCCUGAGGGAUAUUGAGGUGUCUAUGCUGCCACCUCAGGGCUCUGCUGGGGUCUGCGGUGACAGAGUCGAGGAGACCCAGCAGGCUUUGGCCUCACUCCAGCAGCAAUUUCAAAUUCAUGUGGAACAGCUCCAAGACCAGACUGCUCUGCAUCCAUACCUGUCCCCACUGAAGGUGGAGCAGCUCCAAGAGAGUAUUCUGAGCCAACUCCUGGUGAUGAUGUCCACUCUGCAGGCAAAGGGCCAUGUGAAGUUGGAGUGUCUCAGCAGGUGUGCAGAGCAGCACAGAAAUUACAUCAAGUGCAAAGAAGAAAUCAUGCAGAGCGUGAAGAGUACAGCGAACAGGCUCUUACAGCUCAUCACUCAGAAGGUCACCUGUCUCACUGACUGCACUGACCAGGAGGCAAAUCUUAGAGCACUUGCAGAGGAGAUGGAGGCCCUCCUGAGACGUCUGGAAGAGCUGCAGGAGUGGUGUUCAGAGCAGAGCUGUCGCGGAAGCAGGGAGACCCCCAUGACUUGUAUCUGGAGAUGGGUAUUAAGACUACGUCACUGCACACAGGAGCUGACAACUCGUAGCAAACAGAGAAUCAGAGAAUGGAGUGAUAUCUCAGACAGCGUGGAGAAGGCCUCUGUGUUACUGCAGGGAGUGGAGGCAGAGCUUCCUGACAGCUCCAAGGUGAAGGCAUCUACCGAGGAGCUUCAGGACGUGCUGCAGUCCUGGGAACAGUACCAGGACAGGCUGGACUGUGAACACAGAGCGCUGUCUGCACUGGAACUGCGCACUGCCAGGCUGCUGGGUGUCCCUGCCCACCUGGAGCAGGCUCCUCCUAUUCAACUCUGUCAGCAGCUGCAAGCAAUGCAGGGCCGAUAUGACAAUGUGAAGCAGAGAAGCAGGGAGGGUUUGCAGGCAGCUAGGCAGGAGCUGGAGGACAGAGAAAAGGUGCGAGAGGAGCUGCAGGGUAUCCGGGUUUGGCUGAAGGCUGCUGCAUCUCUUCUGACAGAGAUGGAGCAGAGCAGCAGCACACAGGAGCUACAGGCGCUCUACAGCCAGCUGUGUACCCAGAAGUCUUUGCUGCACCGUAUCAUGGAGAACCUGAAGAUGAAAUACUCAGAUAUGUACACUUUGGUCCCGGUUGAGAUUGACAGCCAAAUACAGGACAUCACUAAGUCUCUGCAGCAAGUAGAAGAAAAGGUGGGAGAGGCGAUAGAGAGGAGCGGUCCUGUUCACAGGUUAGGCGCGAGGAUGUCUGAUAUCGAGGCUGGCCUGAGAUCUGUUCAGAAGAGACUGGAACAGAGGAGUCCCACUGUGACUCAAGCAAAGAUCACUCAGAAGCGUGCCUGGGACGAGCUGGAUGCGUGGCACUCGCGUCUGGCAGCGCUGGAAGUGGACAUGCAAGACUUAGAGAAGCCUGAGGAGGUGCUGAUCCUCACAGAAAGACUAGUGGAGGUUCAGCAGCUUCACUCCCAGCUGGCCAAACAGGCAGAGCAGAGGACCACCCUGAUCAGCAAGAUUCAAACGUGGCUUCAGGAACAUCAAGAGAUGGUCAAAAGCUCCAAGAGCUGGAUGUCCGAGGCUCAGUCGUGGCUUGCCGCUCCCUGCACCUACACCACAGCUAAAUGUUUGAGCAGUCACGUUCAUGCCCUGCAGCUGGUCCUGGAUGAUUCAGUCCAGAUCAGAAACACACUGCAGGGCUUCAGCUCGGUCCUGAAGGAAAUGUCGCAGGUUUGUGAUGUCACAGCUCUCCAGGAACAGCUGGUUGAAGCAGAUCGCCAAGUGGCCGACGUUCAGGACAGCUUCACAGCUCCUCUGUCUCAGCUGGAGCAUGCUGCCGCUGAGGUGGAGGCGAUUGAGAGUGAAGUCAAGCGGAUGGAGAAUGAUGUCGCAGAGAUCAAGAACUUGCUAUCUUCUCCAGAGAGUUUUCCCAGCCCCAGAGAGGACAGUUUAAAGGCGGUUGAGCAGAGGAUCCAGUCGAUGAGGAGAACAGUAGCUGAGAUCCAGAAAUGUAAGCCAGGCCUUUGUCUUCCUGAGAAGGCUGAAGAAACUCUGACUGUCUUUACUGUGGUGGACCAGCUCCAGACUCUGCUGCUGGAACUGGAGAAGAAGGUUCCUGCGUUAUUUAUCCAGCAGCCUCCAACUCCCACACAAGCCAAAGCUCAGGCGGCCCAACAGACGACCACUGAACUCAAAACAUCUGCAUCUGAAAAAGCUACAUCUGAGGAGGCUGAGGAAGAGCAGGGUCAGAUCAGAAUUGCUCGUGUUGAGGAGGAUGUACUGCGGAGGUCUGGAGCUACACUGCUCACUGUGGAGCAGUCGUCACCUGAACAAAGGCAGGCCCCAACACCUGAUAUUACCCAGCAGCGGAAGCAUCAAGGCGUGCUCCAGGCUGAAGAAGCCACAGAAAAAAAAAGCAGUGAGGAACAGAGAGUGGAAGAAGGUGGAGGAGGUUUUUAUUGGUGGCUCUGGGAUGUUUUCCUGGGCUCUUCACCAGAGGAACCUGUGGUUGUUGCCUCAGAAGAGACUGAAGCUGCCACUGGACAAAGCACUGAACAGCCUACAGAAGACACAAAGGAUGUUGAGGGCACCACUGACACCACAGAAACAAGUUCAUCUGAAGCUUUAUCAAAACCCCUGGGCGCAGUCACAACUCAGUCACUGCCUGAGAGUAUGGAAUCAGACCAGCAGGUUGGAUCCCAGUCUGGACCUCGCCUCUUUGAAGGUGUCCUCCAUGUGUGCCUGGAGAGGCUCAGCCAGCUGGAGCUGUGGCUGCAGAAAUCCCAGAGGAGUCUUCAAGCUGCCGGUGUUGCCGGUGUAGCAACUAUGCAAGACAGCGUGGAACAACAACUGCUUACCUGUCAGGAGAUGUUUCUGGAGAUUGAGCAGAAGGUAGCCAGUUUGUCAGCUCUCAGUCAAACCGCUGACCAGCAGCACCAGCAGAGUGAACUGGGAGCUGCCGGGUCCCAGCAGGAGGCAGCUGAGCUUCUUACCACCAGGCUGGAACUCCUGAAGAACAACCUGGUGUCCUUUCAACAGAUGCUACAGAACAGACAAGAAGAGGAGAGGAUGAGCAGCAACAAAGGGCCCCAGGAGCAGCAUUUAGUUUCUCAGGCAGAUUGCCAGCUUGAGUCUAAAGAGAGGCGCAGCAACAGUGUUCAAGAGAUCUUCUCAUCACCUAAAAACAAACUUCUCAGACAGAGCAGCCUGCAGCAGCAGAAGGAGCUGGAGCACGAGCUCAGUGAACAAAGAGGACUAACUCAGGCCAUCGCCAGGCAUGGCAGCAGAGCGCUGCUUUACCGCCAGGAGUCCGAGGACCACAGCCAGCUCUCACUAAGGUCGCCUCCUGCUGCGGCUGAUGAGGAGGAGGAUUCGGCUCAGAAGAAGUGGGAUCACCUUCACAGUCAGCUGCUGGCUUUGGAGGAGAGCUGGCUGCUUCCUCCCUCCGAGGUGACAGACUCAUCUGUGAAGCGUAGCAAUGGAACAGCAGGAUGCAUGAUUGCCAGAAAAAACCUGAAAGAGCUCCAGACCUGCAUCAGCCAUCUGAGAGAGCUGGGGCACACAUCUGCAGAGCUUCUGAAUCAGGCCUGCCCUGCUGAGGGAACCCAUCAGACCGUUGAUGAAGGUUUGUUUCAUGUAUUGCAUGGAGCAUCCCUGUGCCUGGACUCAAUGAAAAGCAUGCUGUGCUCACCUGUUCUGGUGACACAUGAAGAAGAACCCCAGCUCAGGCUGCUUCACCUACAGAGUCUCUCAGCAGAGCUUGCCACCCUUGGCAGUGAGCUUGUUUCUCAGGGGUCAAAGGUCAGCAAUGUCCCGGGGUUAAAGUGUGGUCAGCAGUGCAUUGAUGAUCUGUGCAGACUACUUCCUGUGGUCCAGAUCGCGCUGGCCAGCAGAGAGAAGCAGCUCAGGAUCCUGCAGGAGGACAGUGCAGAGAAACAGGCUGCUGCUCACAUCCAAGAGUCUCUGCAGCAGCAGGUCGAGGCUGACCAACACAAUCUGCCUGCCUCUCUCAUCCACCAGGCCACACAGCUGCAGGGUGAGUUGGAGACAGUAGUGGGUGGUGUCCGUUCCCACUGUGAGGAGUUGAAGAGCGGCGUGGAAUUGCAGAAGCAAUAUGAGCAGCUGGUCCGCAGCUUUGAGGAGCUGCUCAGUCUGGGCUCUGACAGUUUCACUCAGCAGCCUGACACAGAGCUCCGGAGCAGGGCCCAGCUCCAGAAGAAGCUAAGCAGUCAUAUGAGGUUUUUCCAGUUCCUGGGUGAUCACUUUGAAAUCCUGCGGUACCUGACCAAUAGAGUUUCAGAUAUGCCCCUAGAAAAUAGGGAGGUUACAAUAAAGGGUCUGCAGGACCAGGUGGCUCGACUGCAGCAGGAUGGACUGGAGAAAGGGACCAAGAUGCAGGAAACAUUAGAGAUGUGGUCACAAUGGGAGAAGGACAGUGCAUGGUCCGACUCCUUGAUGAGAAGUAUUGAGACAUCAUUUCCCAAAAUCCCUGAGGGAUCUGAGCAGGAAUCAGAGAAGCCUCUCAGCUACAAGGAGCUGCAUCGCAUUUUGGAGGAGAAUGAAGCGCGGGUCAGUCAGAUGCUGGAGGGAGGCCGGCGACUGCAGAGAGCGGGUUUUAGUGGAGUGGGUGUGUCUGUCUGUAAACUGGAGGCUCGCUGGACAUCUUUGCACAAGAGGCUGGAGCAUGAACGCACCAACUUUGACAAAGGAAGGAAACUGAAGAGCAGGUUUCGUCACAGCUCUGCCGCGCUGUCUCAGUGGAUGAAUGAGGCUAGACAACGGAUCGAUAGAUGGAGUGAGCUCACUGUCUCAUCCAAUGAGGAGAUGGAUGUUGAACAGAGGCGUGAGCUCUACCUCCAGUCUGUGGCUUUGACCAAAGAGUUGGAGGCCAAAUCUGAAGUAAAGGUGGCAGUGACCGGUUCUUCGUCCCAGCUGCUGCAGCUGAGGGAAGCACACUCAGAAAGAGAUCCUGAGGAUAAAGGGACUCCUCUGCCCAAGACUUCUGACAUAGAUAUGUGCUCCAUCAACACUCAGCUCAGACAGAUAGAGUUGGACUGGUCCAGUCUUCUCGUUGAUGUGCCUGUUAUUCAACAAACUCUGCACAAGCGAUGGUUAGAGAUGCAGACACAGCAGGGGGCGCUGCUGGAGUUGCAGGCCUGGCUCGGAGCAGCUGAGUGUCAGUUGGAGGAGUACUGCAACAAAAUCAACAAAAACUCCUGCACCAACAAUGAUCUCGCCCAGUUCCUGAAAUACUUCAAGGAGUCUCAGACAGAGAUGUGUGCACAUCAGAUUACAGUGGACUACGUGAACCAGCCAUUACAGUCAAAUAGUACUGAGAAGGACCACAGGUUGCGCUACGAACAAAACCAGUAUGCAGAUGAACAGGGUCGCCUCAACCAUCAGUGGCUCAGCUUGCAGGAAAAAAUCAACUCUAAGAUUCAGGAGGUUGAACAGGAGUUGAGGAACAGAGUAGAGUGUGAUGCCCGACUGCAGCGGAUCAACAGCUGGAUCGCGGUUCAAAACCUCUGGAUGGACUCGGCUCAGACACCCAGCAGCCAGACGGAGCUACAGAGGAGCAUCAGCGUCUGCCAGGAUCUUGAGGAGAAGAUUAUGCAGAAGUCUGCAGCUCUUCAGGAGCUGAUAGACAAAGUUUGUGGCAGACAAGAAAACAGGAGCUGCAAUUUAAUCUGUCAAAUCGAUAAAUCCAUCGAGACCUGCGCAGCUCUCACACAGAGGAACGACUCAGUAAAACAGAGGCUAACUCAGGCUCAGCUGUUAUGGAGCAACAUGGAGGAGAAGCUGAGUCACAUGGUGCUGAAAACAGUGAGAGCAUCUCAGACUCUGAAGUAUUACAGCGGCCCCCGGCUCUCCCUGCAGGCACUCACAGAUCUCCAUGAAAAGCUGCAGCUUCUUCAACAGGAGACAGAAGCCUCAGAGGUAGAGUGGGACAAACUUGGUCAGAACAUCCUCUCUCUCAGAGAUACCAUCAGUCCUGCUGCUGCUGCCAUCAUCAGCAAAUGUCUGGACAGGCAGAGAGACAGUUGGACUAUAGUGACUGGAGCUCUGGGCCAGCAGCUCCAGAGAUGUCAGAAGGUCCUGACUGUGUGGCAGGUUUAUGAUAAGUGUGCUGGGUCUCUGGCAGAGCGACUGCAGGCACUACAGAGUGAUGCCACAUCUGUGCUGAGCAGCACACCUGGACAGGACAACACAGUGAAGCUGUUCACUGUCAAGAUAGAAAAUGUUCAGAGUUUCUUGCAGAGGACAGACACCUUGCAGUCUGACCUGGAGGUGGUGCUGAAAGCCUCCAAGGACUUGAUUAGCCACCUGGAACCUUCAGCCGCCAGUCUGGUCCAAUCAGAGUGCCGCUUGUUGCCACGUGGUGUCCUGCAGCUCAGACAGCAGCUGUCUAAGAACCUGGGUCACCUGCAGGAGGAGCUUAAGCAGGUGCAGGAGUUUGAAAAUGAGAUGGAGUCACUGGAGAGGAAUCUGGAGGUCUGGCAGCAGCGCCUGGAGGAUCCAGCUCUGAAGGUAGACCAGUCUGGCCUCAUGGAGCUGAGCGGCCUGUCUGCUGACCUCGAUGUGCUCAACGAGCGGAGCUGCAGUCUGACGCUAGAGGACGCUGCGGCACACCGCCUGCAAUUCCUCAACCGCCGCUGGGCCGAUGCCUCCGCCAGAGCUGAAGAGGCCUGCAGUGAGCUGCAGACGGAAGUGCUGAGGCAGCAGAGAUUUGAGCAGAAGUGUGAAAGCUGGAUGUCGUUCCUGCAGAGGAUGGAGGACAGCCUGGCUGUAGACGUAGCGGGAUCGUACGACGGCCUCAGACAGCAGCUCUGUACUCACAAGCACUUUCAGGCUGAGCUCUCCAUUGGUCACCAGAUCCUUCACUCAGUCAUCACUGAUGCUCUUCAUCUGCUGCAGAAAGGAGAGGUGGAGGGCAGGAGCGACUUCAUCCUAAAGCUGGCCCAGCUCAGAGAGCAGUGGCAGGGAGCAGUACAGCGGGCUGACCAGCGACGUUCUUUGGUGGAGGGGUUGGUGAAGCACUGGCACCUGUACAGCCGCAGCCUGAGAAAGCUCCAGAGGUUCCUUGCGGACACGCAGACCCUGCUCCCCUCAGCUGGACUAACCUGCUGUAGCCUGCAGCAGCUCCGACGCUCCCUCCACGACCUGCAGCACAAAGAGCUGUUGUUCCAGAGGUAUCAGAGCAGUUUCAUCAACACUCUGGAGGUUGGCCGUCAGCUGUUCUCCAUGGGGGACGAGGAGACCCAGACUCAGCUUCAGACAGAUCUGGGGACACUGCAGGAGGAGUGGGACAAUCUCCACAGUUUGCUGUUCAAAAGACUGGAGCUCACCGAGGCUAUAAUCAAGAACUGGGAGCGCUGCGAGACUGGGCUAACAGAUAGCAUGCUGCAGCUUAAAGACAUGAAGACCCGGCUGAACCAGACCAUGCCAGAGUGUGAUGACGACCUGGAGAGUGCAAAGCUCUACAAGAAGAACAAGAUCUCCCUGGAGGACUGGGCUGAGAGCCUGACGGAGCUGAGCAGCAUGAAGACGGAUCUGUCCCAGUACAUCAUUGCAGACGAUGUCCUGCUGCUGCAGGAGCAGGUGGAGCACCUGCACUGCCAGUGGGAGGAACUCUGCUUCAAGGUGUCCCUGCGUAAACAGGAGAUCGCAGACCGCCUGAACGCCUGGAUCAUCUUCAAUGAGAAGAACAAGGAGCUGUGUGAGUGGCUGACACAAAUGGAGAACAAGGUGGCGCACAACUCUGAUCUCAACAUCGAGGAAAUGGUCGAGAAACUCAAGAAGGACUGUAUGGAGGAGAUCAACCUGUUCAGUGAGAAUAAAACCCACCUAAAGCAGCUUGGAGAGCAGCUCAUCACAGCCAGCAACAAGACAAAGGAAACAGAGAUCAAUGACAAGCUGAAGGACGUCAACGACCGCUGGCAACAUCUGUUUGAUCACAUAGAGGCCAGGGUGAGGAAGCUGAAAGAGACGCUGGUGACGGUGCAGCAGCUUGAUAAGAACAUGAGCAACCUGCGGACGUGGCUGUCCCGUAUUGAGACAGAGCUAGCCAAGCCGGUGGUCUACAGCACCUGCCACAGUGAUGAGAUUCAGAGGAAACUAGCUGAACAGCAGGAUCUGCAACGGGACAUCGAGCAGCACACAGAGAGCGUGGCCUCGGUGCUGACGCUGUGCGACGUCCUGCUCCACGAUGCCGAUGCCUGCGGCAGUGACUCGGAGAACGACUCGAUCCAGCAGACCACCCUCAGCCUGGACCGCCGCUGGAGAAACAUCUGUGCCAUGUCCAUGGAGAGGAGGAUGAGAAUUGAGGAAACGUGGCGUCUCUGGUGUAAGUUCCUCGAUGACUACUCUCGCUUUGAACACUGGCUGAAGACGGCAGAACUGACAGCAGCCAGCCCCGACUCCGCCGACGUCCUCUACACCAGCGCCAAGGAGGAACUCAAGAAGUUUGAGGCGUUCCAGCGGCAGGUUCAUGAGCGCCUGACUCAGCUGGAGCUGGUCAACAAACAGUACCGCCGUCUGGCCCGAGAGAACCGCACUGACGCCGCCAGCAAACUUAAGGUCAUGGUCCACGAGGGGAACCAGCGGUGGGACAGCCUGCAGAGGAGGGUCGCUGCCGUGCUCCGCAGACUGAAGUAUUUUACGUCUCAAAGAGAAGACUUUGAGGGAACUCGUGAGGGGAUCCUUGUUUGGCUGACUGAAAUGGACCUUCAGCUCACCAAUGUAGAGCACUUCUCAGAGAGCGAUAUCGAAGAGAAAAUGAGAGAGCUAAACGGUUUUCAGCAGGAGAUUACCCUGAACACCAACAAAAUCGAUGCCCUGAUCGUAUUUGGGGAGAACCUGAUCCAGAAGAGUGCUCCUCUGGACGCUGUGCUUAUUGAGGAUGAGCUGGAGGAGCUCCACUCCUACUGCCAGGAGGUGUUUGGCAGAGUGGCUCGCUUCCAUCACCGCCUAGUCAAUAGACGUCCGGUUCUGGAGGAGGAGGAGAGGGAGAUGUCAGACCGAGACACAGACCGAGACGAUUCACCCGAUUUGACCCCGUCCUGGAUGGCGGAGAGGAGAAGGAAGGAGGUGGAUAUAGCAGUGGGAGGAGUUUCAGGUGGACCACAGGUGAUGUGCCACCUCCUGGUACCCCCUAUAGAGCGAUCAGGAAGAGAGACCCCCCUCAGUGUGGAUUCCAUCCCCCUAGAGUGGGAUCACACAGUCGACGUGGGGGGGUCAUCAUCCCAUGAGGACGACGAGGAUGCCACCUUCUUCAGCGCUCUGUCAGACAUGAAGGUCACAGAGAAUUCAGAGUCGUUUUUUAAAGUGACUGCCAGUGCAGUGAAAGCAGCCUCGGUGACGUCAGUGACUGACAUGCCGAGCUGGCAUCUGCCUGGCUCCCCGGAGAGGAAACAGCUUCCUCGAGAUAUCAUCCAAGCCCUGAGCUCUUUCCCUACACAUACAACCGGCACUCCCUUCAAUCAGCAGGGCUAUGCGAAGCUAAUGUCAGAGUGCAGUGGCAGCAUCGACAGCGUGAAGAGGGUCAAACUCAUGCUGAACGAUGAGGAGGAGCUGGAGGAUGCAGGCCUGACCAGCAGCACGGCCAGCAAGCAUACCAGCACGGGUGUUAUCGAGCGCUGGGAGCUGCUACAAGCACAUAAAAACGCAGCGGACAUCAAGCAGAACCUGGAACAGUGGCAGAAGCUUAACUCUGACCUGUCUGAUGUCACUUCCUGGCUUGGCAGGGUCCUGCCAGAGCUGGAGAGGCUGAAGAGAAUAGCACCGUCCACCAGCAUCCGAGACAUCGAGGUCAACAUCAGGAAAUUCAAGGAGAUGCAGAAGAUUUUCAACAGCUACAAGUGUCUGAUGAUCUCCAUCAACCUGAGCAGCCGUCACUUCCUGCGCGACGACAGCACCGAGCUGCACGAGCAGCAGGAGGCCCUGGACUCAGCCAAUCACAGCUGGACUCAGGCCUGCAGCGGCCUGGAGAGCUGGGAGAGGAGCCUGCACUCUGCUGUCAUGCAGUGUCAGGAAUUUCACGAGACGCUACACUCGCUGCUGCUGUGGCUCGCUCAGGCUGAGGACAAACUCCGCACAGUGAACGUCAACGACCGCUCGCACUCUGCACUCCUGCAGCACAGAGACACGCUCACAGCUCUGCAGGAGGAGCUGCGUGGCCGGCAACGGCGGGUUUCAUCACUGCAGGCAAUCUCCUCCCAACUUCUCCUGGAGGCCACUGGAGAGGACAGUGUAGAGGCCAAAGAGAAGGUCCACGUCAUCAGCAACAAGCUGCAUCUCCUGCUACGGCAGGUGGCUGCAGACCUGCGUACACUGCAGGGAACACUGGAGGAGGCUGGUCUGCAGGCAGCUCCGGUCAGACAAUCAGCAACCAAAAGGGAGGAGAGACAGGACUCUUCCCCACAGCGACCCCUCUUCUACCGGGUUCUGCGAGCUGCUUUCCCCUUGCACCUGCUCUUCUUCAUGCUCCUGGUUCUGGCCUGCCUGGUGCCUCUCUCUGAAGAGAACUACAGCUGUACACUGACCAACAACUUUGCCCGAUCUUUCUACCCCAUGCUGCACUACACCAACGGCCCCCCACCCACAUGAUCACUGCCACACUUUGUGUCCAUGUUCUCCUUAUAAAGGGAUAGUAGAAAAAAAACAAAAAACAGCCAUAUAUUGCAGGUAAAAAUCCCAAAUAGACACCGUUAACAAUGUGACGGGUCAUGUACCUGCUCCCUCCCAUACAAAAAUGAAGCACAGUUCUUCAUGUCUGAAGGAAUCAUGUGUUCUUCACUCUAAACUUUAUUGCUGUACUAAAUUAUUUAUUUAUUUAUGCUCCUUAACAAGAAGCCAUAUUACUGCUGUGUUUAAGUUGUGAUUUUUAGAUUGUAGAUUUGCCAGCUGAUUUCCCCGCUGAAACAAUUUCACACUUUUCAGAUUCAGACGGUGCAAAAGGAAAAAAGGCUCCACGAUUUAUUUUGAUAUCUUCUAUUUUGUAUAGUGCGGUAUGAGGGAUUUGAGGGCGGUUAUUACCAAAGCAACUGAAGAAAUGUGAGGAGUACACCAGCCAUUUUCUACCACUGCAGCUAUUUGUACCGAUUUUGUUUGUUUAGGGGGUUUCUUUAGGUUCGGGGGCACUUGUUAAAAGCACAUUUUGUACAGAAAGGAAAAGACACGUGUUCUUUUUCUUAUUUGGGUUUUGAAAUAUUUAAAAUAGGAAUUGUAAGAGUUUUUUUCUUGUAAAUAAUGGCAGGGACUCCUUAGCAGACAUGCCUUUGUGUAUCCAACAGAACAACCAUUCUUUUAACUCAUAAUGUUCUUUUAAUGUUAUAAAUGAAUCUUGUAUAUAAUGGAAAACUACUGAGAAAAAAAGGGUAAAUUGUUGCUUUCAACUGUGCUAUUUAGCUGGGUUGUAAUUUAAAAACUCUUAAGUUGAUAUAUUGAAAAUUUGAUAAACAAACUUUUAAGAGUCAGUGUGAUGAAUAUUUUCCUAUGAUAUACGUGUGAUAUUUUAGCCGAUCACUCAACCUAAGAGUCACCUUGAUGCAGCUGUGGUUGCUUUUUCCAGACAAAGUUGCACAUUAACCAGCUAGCAGCUAACUUUGUUCACCUGCAGUUUGGCACUUUUUGCCUAAAAGAACGAGCUGUAGGUUCACAGGUAGUUGGUGGGCUAGCCAGCAAUGCAUAUAUACUUAAUUCAUCCUCUCAGGUGUCCCGUAGCUCAGACAGAUAAUUAAAAUUGUUAUACUAAACAAUAUAAAUGAAUAUAAAAAUCUAACAGCUGUAGGAACAAAUUCUCUUCCAAAGGUAACUGCCAUUUUUACUUCUAAAAUAUUAGGGAGCGGGUAAAUAUUAUUGUCAAAUUUGCUCAUGACACUUUCCUCACAAAGUCGAUGUGCAGCUUUACAACAACAACAGCCCCCAAAGGCUAAAAACACAAUUCAUCUACAGACCUGGUAGUUGACUGUGGUUUUGGCCCUAUAUGUGACUUUUUGUUUUAUGUAACCUCACCCAUGUAUUAUGAAAGGGAAUUUUAUAUUUAUUUUGAGCUGUAUUUAUCAUAAAUUGUACAGCUUUUUUUUUGAGGUUUUAAACUUGAGCAGGGCUAUCCAACUCGACCAAUGACACGAACGUCUGCAACGAUCACCCGUUAUUACGUACACAUGAGAUUUUUCUGAAUUGUUUUUGUUCCAGUGCAGAUGAACAGCGCGUCUCAAGAGCCACACGGCACAAUUUGAGUUGAACUUGAAUGUAAGAAAUCGUUUGAGAGGUGAAUGUAGCUGUGUCCAUGCACAAUCAAAGAUCAUUAAAUGUGUGUAAUUUACUGUUAAAGUUACUGAUAAAUGUUAUAAAGAAGAUUCUAUGAGCAAUUCAAAACUGUAGAUAAUUUCAGCCUCGGCACAAAAGCCUCACAGAACAGAAACAACAAAAGGUGUGUAAAGUUUGAUUUAUUUUGUGAUCUCUUAUUUAUGGGAUGUACUGUUUGUAAUUUUGAACUGACAAUAAACCAUGUUUGCCACGA